AUGCACUGGCUUCGUGACGACGAUCUCAAUAUCAAGUUCUUCCACAUGUCGGAAAUGACGAGAAAUAACUUUAAGAAGAUUGAUAUGCUUAUUAAUGAUGAUGAUGUGGAAGUUAAAUACCAAGUCGACAAUGAUAGACUAGUUGCUCCAGUUUCUAAGAAGGAGUUAUACGAGGAUCUUAUUCAUAUGCACCCCGAUAAAUCUUCGGGACCCGAUGGUUUUGAUCCUUCUUUCUACCAAAUGCUUUGGGAUUUGUGCGGGGAUGAUAUUUAUGGUGCUGAUCUGAGACCUAUUUCUCUUUGCAAUGUGGUUUACAAAAUAGGGUCGAAACUUCUCGCAAACAUAUUGAAAAAGUGCUUGCCUAAAUGUCUUUCUAAGGAGCUGUCAAAUUUUGUCGAAGGGCGCUAUAUUCUUGAUAAUGCCAUGCUAGCUAUUGAAAUCAUACAUGCAUUAAAGAUAAAAACUAAAGGUUUUAAAGGAGAGUUAGAUCUUAAAAUAGAUAUUAAUAAAGCAUAUGAUAUAAUGGAUUGGUGUUUUUUGAGAGGUGUGCUUAGUCGAAUGGGUUUUGCUGAUAAAUGGAUCCAUUGGGUGAUGAUGUGUGUUACAUCAGUUAAUUAUUCUGUUAUGGUGACACACCUUAUGGAGUUGCUUAGAGUCUAUGCAGAAGCGUCGGGUCAAGAGAUAAAUAUGACUAAGUCUGAAGUGUUUUUCAGCCGUAAUAUUAGUAGACUGGCGCAAGAAGAUCUUGCUCGUGUCAUGGGAUUCCGUCAAGUGUUAGGAGCAUCCAUGUAUUUGGGAUUACCAUCGAUGAUUGGCAGAAGUAGAAAAGCAACUUUUGCUUUCAUCAAGGACCGUAUUUGGAAGAAAACUAACGCUUGGAGAGGAAGGUCUUUGUCUAAGGAAGGGAAUGAGGUAAUGAUUAAGUCAAUGCUUCAAGCCAUUCCAUCUUACAUUAUGAGUGUAUUUAUUAUACCAGAUUCUCUAGUGAACGAUAUUGAGAAGAGAUUGAAUUAUUUCUGGUGGGGAGGUAGUAACAUGAUAAAGGAAUAA